AUGUUGAUACUAAAGCCAUUGUUAACUGUAUUUUUCCUUGUUGAUUUCGUACUUGCCAAGAGAGGUGAAUUAAGUGUUACACAUAAACCAGAUUUGGCUUAUGUUGCCUGCGGAACGGUACUUGCAAGCAAUCCUGAAGAAUUAUUUAUGUUCUGUGAAGUUGAAAAUCAACCAGCAUUAGGUUCGAUGGCAAAUUGCUUAGUGGAUACUUUUGGCAUUGAGGAUGAUAAGUAUAUUCAAGGAUUCUUGUCAUUUUGCAAGCAUCUUACCAGGGACGAAUUUGUUGACUCUUAUCACAAUGCUAGCUUUUACAUAAGAGAUGGUCAUGGUGAAAAGUUUGGUGAGAAUUAUGAUCCUCCUUUCCCUAUUAGAACUUAUCCGGAAGCAGUAAUUCAUAUUUGGAAUGUGUCAUAUCGAAUGGCCCUAACUGACAAUUGGAGUAUUUGGUAUGGAACUGCAUUGCUAUCAUACUGGGGUUUGAUUAUGCUCAUAAGUGGGAUCCAAUAUUGGAGUUAUUUCCUUUUUCCAACAGUGGUUCAAUCUAUGCAUGGUAAUGUUAUAAAUUCAAUCAGAAGACACUUUACCCUUCCUCCCUUUAUCAAACAUGCCCAUCUUAGUCGCCAAGCAUGGAGGAAGAUAUUUAUAUGGAUAAUCCCAUUGAGGUUUGAAGUGUUGGUUAUAAUUGGCCAUUUUAUACUUUGUAUUCUCUUCUGUUCCACUAAUGUGUUUAUGUCAAGCUAUGGUUUCAUUGCUCUUUCUAUUGGCUCAAGAACUGGGGCUUUGGUGAGUUUCACUAUUCCAUUACUAAUCUUGUUUGCCGGAAGAAACAAUUUCACCCAAUGGUUAACAGGUUGGAACUAUUGUCGUUUCCUUAUUUUCCAUAGAUAUAUUGCAAGAUCAAUGUUUUUGAUGUUAAUGGCUCAUGUUGCUUCCAAAACAAUCACAGUUAAAAAGUUAUCCAAUUACUCGGAACAUAUGAAACUUGAUUAUAUGAUUUGGGGUGUUGUAGCUGCGACUUGUGCUGGUCUUUUACUAUUCCAUUCUUUGCAGGUAUUCAGAAAUGCAAAUUAUGAGAUAUUUGUGAUUCUUCAUAACCUUUUUGUGCUUUUCUUUAUUAUUGGUGGAUGGCACCAUACAAAGGUUGUUGGUGCAAUUCAAUUGUUCUUUGCUGCAACUGCAGUAUGGGCUUUUGAUAAAUUCCUUAGGUUGGUCCGUGUAGUUCUGUUUGGUGUGAGGGAAGCUACAGUAGAGCUAACUUCUGAUGAGACUUUGAGACUUACUGUAGUCAGACCUAGUUGGUGGAAACCUCGUCCUGGGUGUCAUGCUUUUGUCUAUUUCCUUGAACCAAGGUUCUUCUGGCAAUCACAUCCUUUUUCCAUAACUGAUUCAAUUGAUGAAGAAAAUACAAUCACAUUUUUCAUGAAAGUAAAGAACGGAAUCACUGGUCGAUUAAGUAAUGAGUUGUCCAAGUUACCCACGCCAGUCCUUAAUAUAAAGGUUUUGGUUGAAGGUCCAUAUGGUCAAUACCUUCCACUUCAUAAAUUUGAAAGGGUGUUUUAUUGGGUAGUUCAUCAUUAUAAAUCGGUUGGAUGGUUCUAUAAUGAAUUGAUGAAAUUCAAGGGUACUAACAUUGAACCUGUUAUUUGUGUGUGUCAUCCUGACUUAUGUUCUGAUAUUGAAAUAUACUCCCCAGUUAGUCUAGGAAAAUCGGAUUCAGAAAGUGAUGGAACUAAUUUGAAAGAAAAGGAUAAUAUUAGACCAAUUGUUGCAGAAGUUCCCGAGUCUAAGGCAGAUGAAUCCCAAGUUCUGAAUCUAAAGGAAAAACUUUCCUUUGUGGAAUUCCGUGAAGGAAGACCCAAUAUACAAGAAAUUAUAGCAAAUGAAGUGAAUGAAUGUAGCGCAAAUAUUCCUUCUUCUAAGAAAGUUGCUCCAGCUCCAUUAGCCACCAGAUCUAAACAAUCUGCUGCCCCAAAGAAUCCUUUAAUUGAUUCUACUCCAAAGAACUUCGGUAUUGGACAAGCCGUUCAACCAAAGAGAAACUUAUCAAGAUUUGUUAAAUGGCCAGAAUAUGUCAGAUUACAAAGACAAAAGAAAAUCUUAUCCUUGAGAUUAAAGGUUCCUCCAACUAUUGCGCAAUUUUCCAACACUUUGGAUAAGAACACUGCUGCCCAAGCUUUCAAAUUAUUCAACAAGUACAGACCAGAAACUGCUGCUGAAAAGAAGGAAAGAUUGACUAAGGAAGCCGCAGCUAUUGCUGAAGGUAAAUCAGCUAAGGAUGUCUCUCCAAAGCCAGUCGUAGUUAAAUAUGGUUUGAACCACGUUGUUUCUUUAAUUGAAAACAAAAAGGCUAAAUUAGUUUUAAUUGCCAACGAUGUUGAUCCAAUUGAAUUAGUUGUCUUCUUACCAGCUUUAUGUAAGAAGAUGGGUGUUCCUUACGCCAUUGUGAAAGGUAAGGCUAGAUUAGGAACCUUAGUCCACAAGAAGAACUCUGCCGUUGCUGCUUUAACUGAAGUUAAUGCUGCUGAUGAAGCUGAAUUAUCUAAAUUAGUUUCUACCAUCAACGCUAACUUCAUUGAAAAGUAUGAAGACAACAGAAGACACUGGGGUGGUGGUAUUAUGGGUUCUAAAGCCAAUGAUAAGAUUGCCAAGAGAGCUAAAGCUGCUCAAACUGCUGCUUAG